AUGUCAGAUCCGUUCGAGAGAGUGAAAGCAGGCAGGCUGACCUUCAAAGAUGGAAGUGUGGCCACUCGCAGCAAAGCCAUCGACAAGAAGAAGAACAAGAAGAAAAAGAAGAAGCAGCAGCUUAAUCCUAACGACGAUGGCCCUAACUCUACUGGACCCACCGACCUUGAUGUGGUGCCUGAGGACGCAGGCGCAGAAGCAGCAGCCGGAGGACCGGAGACUUACACCAUUGACGCGGCGAAGCGCAUGAAGUACGAUCAACUCUUCCCCGUGGAGGCCAAGAAGUUCGGUUACGAUCCCAAAUCUGUCGCACACAAGUCCAUCGAGGACGCUCUUGACGACCGUGUCAAGAAGAAAGCCGACCGCUACUGUAAAUAG